AUGAGGACAUCAACACUCUUCAACGCCCUAUCGGGGGCCGCCGUGGUGGUGGCGGGCGUGCUGGCGAUGGACCUCGGCGACGAGAUGCGCAUGGGGUGGAAGUAUGGCCUGCUGCCGCGGCAGACAGCGCAGAACCUGCAGACUUUUGAUGGGAAUUUGGGCGGUGUCCAGGCGUCAGCGAUUACCAAGUCAAAUAACCCUAGUAGACCGUUCGAGGUUGACGGCGAUACUUUUCCCGACUUCAAAACCGCCGCGGGCAGGUCGUGCGAUAACCAGAAGAACAAGUGCUCACAAGCAGCCAACAACGGACCGCAAAAGUUUGAGGUGACGAAGUGUGAUGAACAAGUUGAGCAAUGCAAAAACACAAUCGACUCUAUCACAAAGCAGAGCUUUGGCGAUCCCGUGUUUUCGGGCACGGUGGGAGACUUUGACAUCUUUUGUGAUCCUUGA